UAUAAACGGCUUCCCCGGACUCCAUCCCGUCACUGCUUGCAGAAGCAGCGACUCGGUCACCAGAGCUGAACCUCAGUAGAGAUAGCAGCAAGCAGGCACUUCCUCGCCGCGCAGGCUAACUCGCUUUCGGCUUUGGUUCGACAUGGAGAGUCGUUGGUCCGCGAAGCGCUCCGGCGCCCACAACUUUAAAAGUGGACUGUGUCUUUGGCUGGUUUUGUGGCUGGUGGUGGUGAAGCCAGGCGGGGUGGGCGCAUGCCCCAGGCUGUGUGUGUGUUACCCUACGCCCAUGACGGUCAGCUGCCAGUCUCAGAACCUCACCAUAGUGCCGGCUGGUGUGCCAUAUGAUUCGCAACGCGUUUUCCUGCAGAACAACCGCAUCACAGAGCUUCGCGCAGACUCUUUUGGCUUCGAGACACAGGUGCUUUGGCUGUACGGCAACAACAUCACGUGGAUCGAGGCUGGAGCCUUCAGUAACCUCAGGGUGCUGGAGGAGCUCGACCUGGGUGAUAACCCGCUGCAGCGCCUGGAAGGUGGAGCCUUCAGGGGUCUGGAGAAGCUGCAGAGCCUGCACAUGCAUCGCUGCAAGCUGGCCGCUCUCCCCCAUGAUCUCUUCCACAAGCUGUACAGCCUGCAGUUCCUCUACCUGCAGGAGAAUCAGCUCCACUUUCUUCAGGAUGAUCUGUUCUCAGAUCUGGUCAACCUCACUCACCUCUUCCUGCAUGGAAACCGCAUCCGCGCCCUCUCUGAGAAUGUGUUCAGAGGCCUGGUCAACCUGGACCGACUCCUGAUCCACGACAACCGCAUCAGGCAGGUCAACCGCCGGGCUUUCCGUGACCUGGGUCGUCUGACCAUCCUCUACCUGUUCAACAACUCCCUGGCCGAGCUGCCCGGCCAGGCCAUGAAAGACGCCCAAGGCAUCCAGUUCCUCCGCCUCAAUGGCAACCCCUGGUCCUGCGGCUGCGAGGCCCGCCCUCUCUGGGAGUGGUUCCGCGAGGCCCGCAUCUCCUCCUCUGACCUCAUGUGCGCCUCCCCGUCCCAACGUCGCGGCCAGGACCUCCGCUUUCUCCGGGAGUUGGACUUCGCCCUCUGCCCUCUGCCUGACCCCGGCUCUCUUGCUGGAAGCACCACAACCACCUUCAGCACCAAGACCCGCUGGUGGUUCUCCAAGCACAAGCCCGCGUCUUCAUCCAAGUCCUCGUACCAGAAGAGCACAGAGACGGUGAAGGCCUUCCCCUUCUCCGCCAUCAAACCUCAGUACCUCCCGAAAGCCCCCUCUGAAACCUUCUCCUCCAAGUAUGAACUGUCGGAGCACGAGGUCGCACUCCCAAAACUGGACCAAGAAGAAUACUGGGCCAACUACGGCAACGAAGACUCCUCCAUCCGCUGCUUCGAGCUGGAGUGCCCCCCAGGCUACGACAACCCAGCCUUCCCCUCAUCCUCCUCCUUACCCAACACCUCCUCCCUCCUCCACCUCCUCUCACUCUCAGUACUCUUGUUCUCCCUCCAUUUCCUCUUUGGCUGAACUCCUCUCUCCUCCGCACCCCUUUUUUUCUCCUCCGAUUUCCCCUCCUGCUCUUUCCAACUCUAACAAAACCCUGGAUCUCGAUUCCUUUCAGUCACCCCCUCGACUUGCAGGGGGUGCUACACUGAUGCAGGAGACAGGCGAGGCAGCAGGGAGCUGUUUGGAAGAGCAGAUAUCAGCUCACUUGAGUGGGAAAGUUUACAGUGUUGAAGUAGCUGCUGCUUACUAGUACAGGCUUUUUACAAAAGCAGGGAUCGCAUCAUGAACCGUGAUAGUGAGAGUACAGAGGCAGAAACCUACAACAACACGAUGAAACGAUAGCGACACGACUCACAGACAGCUGGUGGCGUCUCCAGAUGUCUUUUUUUGAUAUCGCAGCUGUAAACAACGCAGGCGUUGUGACUCGUCGACAGCUAUUUUCUAUAUUAGCUAUAGCGCUCACCAUCCAAUCACCGUGAGCAUUAGUUCAUUUAUUUCACAGGAAUACAAGUGGUGUUUAACGGCAGGCUAUUUGGCACACACAAAAGUUAGAGAAAGAGCAUAGAUACUGAGAAGCUUGAACUACAGAAAUGAAAGAACACGUGAGCACAGUGAGCUUCAGAUAUUCGUCCAAAGGCAGCGAAGGACGACAGGAUAUUAGAUCUGCAUCCAAGAGCGACUCUCCUUCCUCCUUCAGAUUCAGAACCUGGAUGCCAGCAAACCACCACCCACACUUGUACAUACCACUCAUCAUCACUGUACAGUUCACACCGCCCGCCGCAAAACUGCUCCGUAUUUUAGAUUAGCUGGAUUUUUACUCCUCACUUUAGCACCAUUCAGUGAUAGAACAAAUGAUAAGAAAUGUGGAAACUCGCUUUCAUGUUUUCCAGUCUCGCUCAGGCAACCGCAACAGUUGUUUCCCUUAAAUUUGACGAGAUUAAACACAAACGGAUUUGUUCUCCAGAUUCAGACCAUUUUUGGUGUGUGUGAUUUAGUUUUUGCUCUGUGAGUGUGAGACUACCGACCAAAGUCCUGAGAAGACCAGUUUGAAUAGGUCUCUUCUUCAACUGAGUGCCUGCCUGCAUGUGCCAGUUUUUCUUUUACACUUAUGGCCCCUGUCCACCUGUCUGUUAGUGUAGAAAUCCAAACUGAUCCUGAACAAGGUAAAAACAACACCGGGGCCGGAUCUUACACAGCUCUUUGUGUAGUUUGAAUCCUCAGGUCUCUUUCCUGUCGGCUCCUGUUACAUUACACUUCGACUCGCAAAUCGUCUCCAUCGGUGCGACUGCACGUGUGUGUACUUCUUGUGUUAGUCUUUUAUGCAAGGACCCAAAACUGUUUCAAAACUGUGUAUUUUUCAGAGAUGCAUGAUAAUCUGUGUAUCUUAUUUUCCUUUUUUUCAGAAGAGAUUUCAUAAAUCUGACAGUUUUAUCUGAUUUCAGUGAUAUAAGUGUAUUUUAAGGGACUGUAGACUACAGAAAUUGUCACACAUACAUAAUAAAGCUGUGUUUUGGGGGGUAAAAUGGGACAGGUAUUAACCCGGCAGUCUGUUCAUCACAAUGCCAAUCCAACCUGUCUGCAUCAUUCAUGGAGGCCAUGUGGUCCUUGUCAACCUCAUCUGUUAAUAACCAGAACUAUGACUGUGAGUUUCUGCAUAGAUCAUGAGAGAUACUGUGAUGAUGUCAGGUGAUUUCAAUGGAAAAACUUGUGUUUUUUUUGCUUUAUAGAAAAAUAAACAA